UACAACUUUCUCUUCAUAGCAUGAGUCAGAGAAAAAGGGGAACGAGGAAAAGGAAAAACGAGGAUGCCUCUGCAGGAGUAAAGGAGGGCGAGGACACCGAGGAGAGAGGACACAGGAAGAACAUCCGCGCAACUAAGAAGUACAUUGGAACUCAUGUUGGCAUUCAAGGUGGGAUAUGGAAAGCCGUGGAGUCCUGUACAGAGAUGGGCGGCAGCAGUUUCGCCCUGUUCCUGGGCUCCCAGCGAUCGUGGAAGAGGCCUGCAUUGGACCAUACAGCUGCAGCAAAGUUUCAGGAGCUGUGUUCCCAACAGGGGUUUGACCCAGCUCAUAUCUUGCCUCAUGGUUCCUACCUGAUGAACUGUGGAUCUCCUAAAGAGGAUGUGUUUGAAAAGAGCCAGGCCAUGCUGGUGGACGAGCUCAGCCGCUGCAACCUCCUGGGUCUCAGCCUCUAUAACUUCCACCCCGGCUCCUCCCUGGGUACCAUCACCACUGAGCAGUGUGUGGACAAGAUUGCGAGCGCCAUCAAUUAUGCUCACCAGCAAACACCAUCAGUGGUUACAGUGUUAGAGAACAUGAGUGGCCAAGGCAGUACGGUGGGCGGCAAGUUUUGUGAGCUAAAGAGCAUCAUAGACAGAGUGCGAGACCAGACCAGAGUAGGAGUAUGUCUGGAUACCUGCCAUGCAUUUGCAGCAGGAUACGACCUUGCUGCAGAGGGAGGCGUGAAGGCCAUGCUGGAUGAGUUUGACCAAGAAGUGGGGCUCCACUACCUCAAGGCCAUUCAUCUUAAUGACUCCAAAGGUAAACUUGGCUGUAACCUGGAUCGGCAUGAAGAUAUCGGUAAAGGUCACAUUGGAAUCUCUGCCUUUCAAGAAAUUGUCAAUGAGCCCAGGCUGGACAACGUCCCUCUGAUCCUGGAGACACCCGGACGGCCUGGAUUUGAAUACGCUGAGCAGAUUGAUCUUCUCCAUUCCCUGUGUGAGAAAAAGUGAGAAAAGCACUACUGAUGAGUCGGCACUGAUAAACUGAACUCUGCAAACGCACUGUUAGCUGUGAAGAGAAGAGUUGUUUUUUGUCUAGUACCAAAGUGGAGGAGUGACCUGUUGUGUUAUCUCUAAACACGGUCAUAUUAUUAGUCGUUCACCACAUGAACAGUUUCUCCAAAUUACAAACUUCGUCUUUGAAUGCGAGUUAAAUAAAGGUGAUGUUGGAAGUUUUUAA